CGUAAUAGUUACAGAGAUAUUCGGCGCUGAAAAGGAAGGAGCCUACUUUUGUAGUGGUGUUCAACCAAAGCAGUAUUAGCUAGGGGAACAGGAGUGUCCACUAAAACAGCGUCUACUUAGUUCCUUUGCUUUCGAGCAUCGUGACAAAGUGCAGAGGGUAGAACAUGGCGGAUAAAGAGGUGUAUGACGAUGCAGUGGAAGAAAGGGUCAUCAAUGAAGAGUACAAGAUCUGGAAGAAAAACACACCCUUCCUGUAUGACCUGGUGAUGACCCAUGCGCUGGAGUGGCCUAGUCUUACCGUCCAGUGGCUCCCAGAUGUCACCAGGCCCGAGGGGAAAGACUAUGCCGUUCACAGGCUGGUUCUGGGGACCCACACAUCAGAUGAGCAGAACCACCUUGUGAUUGCCAGUGUGCAGGUACCAAACGAUGACGCACAGUUUGAUGCCUCGCACUACGACAGCGAAAAAGGAGGUAAAUUCGGUGGCUUUGGUUCUGUAAGUGGGAAGAUUGAGAUUGAAAUCAAGAUCAACCAUGAGGGGGAGGUGAACAGAGCGCGCUACAUGCCACAGAAUCACUGCAUCAUCGCCACCAAGACCCCCACCUCUGACGUGCUGGUGUUCGACUACAAUAAGCACCCAGCUAAGCCAGAUCCCAGUGGGGAGUGCAGUCCUGACUUAAGGCUGAAAGGUCACCAGAAAGAAGGGUACGGCCUUUCCUGGAACCCAAACCUCAGCGGCAACCUACUCAGUGCCUCUGAUGACCAUACCAUCUGUCUCUGGGACAUAGGGGCGGGAACAAAGGAAGGGAAGAUCGUGGAUGCCAAGACCAUCUUCACCGGUCACACAGCCGUGGUGGAGGAUGUCUCCUGGCACCUGCUCCACGAAUCCCUGUUUGGCUCUGUGGCUGACGACCAGAAACUCAUGAUAUGGGACACUCGGUCCAGCACCACGUCCAAAGCCAGCCACGCAGUGGACGCUCACACUGCUGAGGUCAACUGUCUGAGCUUCAACCCCUACAGCGAGUUCAUCCUGGCUACUGGCUCCGCUGAUAAGACUGUGGCACUGUGGGAUCUGAGGAACCUCAAACUGAAGCUCCACUCCUUCGAGUCCCAUAAAGAUGAAAUCUUCCAG